AUAAAUAUUCUAAUAAUGAUGUCAGUGCAGGAGAAAAAUUCUACUCGCUCGAUUGACAAUGAUGAUCCAUCGUCAAUUGACUUGGAAAAGGAUCAAUCGAUCUUUUCACCCCUUCAGCCGUUUAAAGUGGUACCCAUUCCUGAUGCGGGUUAUUUAACUGAAUCAAUUGCCAAUUGUAAUAAGCCAUUGUGCGAUGAUGCCGACUUGGAAUGCAUUCUAGACAUGGUAAAGGGAACCCUUUGCGAAGCUAUAAUGAUUAUUCAAUCAGACCCCCGUCAACUAUUUUGCUACAAGUAUCCGGAGUGUAUAAGCUACGUUACUAAUCAAAAAUCUCAAAAUCUAUUUGGCUCCCCAUUUGUUAGAAGUGAACAUUCAAUGGCGAGCGAAACUGUCCGAAAUUGGAUAACGAUUGGGGAAUUUGAUUAUAGUAAUAUGAUUUCGUUGAUUCGUGAUUAUAUAACCCAAUGGCAACUAUCACCGGAUACGAAAUGUGUCGUCCUUACUAACACAACGCGUCAUGAUGUUCCACUAAAAGGAACGAUAUACUUUAUUGAUGCAAACUUUUCCCGUCCCACGCCACGUUGUCCUAAUCCCUUGGCCGUUGCCAAAGUUCGGUUCGUCAUCACGGUUUCAAGCAUAUUGCAAUCGUUUUAUCCAGUGAUGGUCACGUACCGGUUCGAAGGAUAUCGCACACUGUAUUAUGCACUGGGAUCCCGUUCCUUGACCUCAAAUACAUUCCAAAGGUUCUACAUUGAUACAAUACUGCACACAAAACUGAGUUUCUUUGCUGAAAUUUGCGAAUCUCGUCAUGGUACGAUUGCCAAUCCAAAAGAUAUCGCCAAGUCAAAGGAAAACGUUACGCUCAAGAAAUAAGAUAGCCAUCAAAAGGGAAAUUUCAAUGUUUUAAAUUAAGUCCUGUUCAAUAACUUACUGCAGCGCCUCUGUGAUGCAAAGCAUUCGUUGUUCUGCAAUGCCAAGACAGAUUCCCAGCUUGUUGCGAAGAUCAUUCUUAUCAUCGGACAUCAGGACACUCGUGCGUGUUGUAGUCAAGAUUUGCAGCCAGCUCAAUGCACAAAGAACACUACAAUUUAAGACAAUUGAAAUGAAUUGAAGAAAAUAUUUCUUAAAAAUU